UUCAACCUGAUGGCUGCGAAAACCACGGUUCCCGAAGAAGACAUAACUUGCCCUCAAUGCACGGACAUUUAUUGCCUUCCGGUUCUUUUAAAAUGUGGCCACAACAUCUGCAGAGUUUGCCUGUUUAACUACUGGGAAUGGAAAGGAUUGCGAGAGUGUCCUGUCUGUGGCAUCGUGUCUGACACCGGGAGACCUCCUAUUAAUCUGGCACUGCACAAUGUUGCAAAGGAACACAAAGUGCUUAUAAUGACCAGCAGUCAAAACAAAUGUUGUCAACACAACGAGAAGUUGAAGAUUUUUUGUCACAACGACGGAGAGCUCAUCUGUCUUAUCUGCAAAAUUUCAAAAGAGCAUAAAGUCCACGAAUGCAGCCCAGUAGAAGAAGCAGCCGAACAGAAAAAGGCAGAAAUAUCAGCCAGCCUUGAGUCUUUACAAAAUAAACUCAAAACACUGAAGAAUACAAAGCAGAAAUGGGAGGAAACUAAAACCUAUAUCAAGACACAAGCAUAUGAAAAUGAGACUGCAAUCAAGGAGGAGUUUAAAAAGUUCCACCAGUUUCUUCGGGAGGAGGAAAACACCAGGCUGAAGGUGCUCAAACUGGAGGAGGAAACCAAGAUUCAAAUCAUGUGUAAGAAGCUGGAAAACAUCAGUGACCAGAUCAACACUCUCUCCUCCACGAUCAGUGAUAUUGAAAAAGCCCUCAAAGCACAGGAUAUACAGCUUCUACAGGACUACAAGAAGACAAAGAAAAGGCUCCAAUGCAGCAUUGGAGAGCCAGAGGUCAUCAGAGAUAUCCUGAUAAACUCUGCAAAGCAUCUGGGAUCGCUUAGUUUUCAAAUUUGGAAGAAGAUGGAAGACAUUGUCAGAUGUGUUCCUGUUGUUUUGGAUCCAAACACUGCCCAGUUCAACCUAGAGCUCUCUGAAGAACUGUCCUGUGUGCAAUACAGCAGCAAGAAGCUCCUACCUAACAAUACUGAACGUCUCAUCAACCGUGUUUCUGUGCUGGGAGCCACUGGUUUUACAUCUGGAAAGCACAGCUGGACCGUAGAUGUGGGCCAAGGCAAAGACUGGUACAUCGGAGUGGCCCUAGACUCCAUCCAAAGAAAGAAUACCAUCUUCCUCAGCCCUGCUGAGGGUUUCUGGGUAAUUGGCUUGAGCAAUGGAGACUCACUGUGGGCACAGACCACACCUCGCUCCAAGCUCCCAAUGAAGGAGAAGCCCAACAGGAUUACAGUAGAGUUGGACUAUGAGAGGGGAAAAGUCAUUUUCAUCAAUGCUGCAGAUUCUACAAAGAUCCACACAUUCAAAGACAAAUUUACUGAGAAGGUUUUCCCCUACUUUUCCCCCGGAUUGUGUGAAGACAAAAAAAAAUCAAGCAAACUGAAAAUCUGUCCCCAGGUAGUAAAAGUACAAGUCGAGUAGUCAGAGGUAAAACAGAGGUUACAUUAUGUUUAACAGGCUGCAUUGACUGAUAAACCAAUGCUUUACACAUGGAAUUCAGGAGGAAACAACUGUCUGAGGAGUGGAAUCAGGAAGAUAAUUAGAAUCUGUUAGUAAUAGAAUUUACAACAGCUAUUAAAUGAGAAUUUAAAAAGUAAACUUCAAGUGAUCACUGAAUUACAAUCAAAAGAAAGGAGAGAAAACUGACAAAGGCAGCAAAUAAACUGAGGGCAACAGAAAGAGAUAACAGAACAAAUCAGGUAAUAACUUCAACCUUUAACUGGACUACUUAAAGGUUUUAUAAAGUUACUGAGUAAACAAUUUAGAAAAAGUUUGGUUCCUUAAUUGCAGUUAGUGUGACUUGUAAAGAUGAAAACACAUACAAAAUGUAAACUGUUUGAAUUUGGUGAACUUUGUUAGCAACAAAUGAUGGCGGAAGAAUAAAUGACAAAACGCACAAAUACACCCAUGAUAUUCAUUAAUAAUCACGAAGCAGCAACAGAGUCAUUGCUGUCUUAGUAGCUCUCGCUGUCAUCUUCAUAAUCAUCAUGAUCAAUACAUGACAUGGGGACGUCCUGAAGUAGGCGGGGCUGUCUCUGAUGACGUAACCAUGAAAUGCAGGAGCAUCGUCUGGCAAAUGUUGGUGAAACGUCAAAGUACACUGGUGUAGUUUCCUUUCAAGCUGUUUGAGAUGCUGGAUUCAAAAAGCUGUUACACCAGGCUGCUCUGUGUCGUUGAUGGCAUGCUGCUGACGGAUGUGCUCUGCUAUACUUUUCAUUUUCUGCUUCAGGAUGUGUUUCUCUCAUCUGCUCCAGUCUUCAUGUGGCAAACAGUCUGAAAGUUAUACCAUGGUUAAAUUAUGAACUCUCUUUUAUUCCUGCUUAGAACAUUAGAACAUCAGGCAACAAAAAUCACGGUAAUUAAGACAACAUAGUGUCAAACACGUGCCUGUGAAAAGAACAUUAAGUCACAACUAUUUCUUCUUUAACUGUGAAUGGUUUACCUGCUGUCUGUAAUCACAGAUCAGAUGUCCUUUUGAUCAUGAACUGUAAUUUUUUUCACAGAUUCUAUGUCAAGAAAAAAAUAUCUGUCAGCAUAGAAGAUGUAACAUGUAUUGCAAUACAUAACACUGGGCAAACCGCAGUCAGGUGAUUUCCUGUCUCCUGUAAAAAAAAAACACCACUGUCUCUCCACAACGUCACCAUCUCUUCUAAAUUAAAAGCUUGGCCGGAUGGUUGCACUAAAGGUUCAUUAUCGAGGGACUAUUUAUGUAUUCAAUAAAUAAACAAAGUGCUUGACACAAACACUUGGUUGUAUGUAAA